UCCCCUACCAUCUGCAGUUUUCCCGCGGAUUUCGUUCGACACACAGGCUGGACAGUGAGGUGCAGUCGUGCAAGAUAAUUUUGUUAGUGUUAUUAGUUCUAAAGAGUGUUGAUAAUUAAAAGAUAAUCGUAGAAAACUCAUUUAGCGAUAUAAAGAGCUCACAGAAGAACUUUAACCGGUGAACGUCAUCAGGACAUGGGAUCUUUGCAUCAUCACAAGACUCGUACUCCAAAGUGAUUUUGUUACUUUCUUUGUCAAGUCCUAAUCUCCACUGAGGAAGAUAAGGUAUAGGCAAUUAUGGAUAGCUCAGAGCAAAGUGAGUGUAAAGUCAAAGUGGACUUACAUUUAAAUGCCACUAAAAAUAUAGAAGCAGAAAAGAAGAAUAAAAAGAGAAAAUUACGUGAUUCUCCUGUGCCAAGAGUAGCAAAACAAGCUAAAGUUGAUAAAACUGCCAAUUCAGCAAGAAAGAAAAUUGAUUAUGACGACAUCGUAGUACUUAGUGAAAGCGAUGAAGUUGAUAGUGAUAAAAAUUCUAAGCAAAAAAAUAAGGGUAGAACACCUCAAACUCCUAAAACACCUAAAACACCUAAAACACCUAAAACAGUAGAUGCUCGAGCUAAAAAAACUCCUGGACAAGGAGCAGUUAAAUCAAAAAAAGUAGCAACUCCAAUUCAAGCAAAUGCCAUAACCAAAUUUUUUCAGAAAAAGUCUAAUUCUGAUGGAGAGAAAGAAUCUAAUACAUGCAAAUCUGUCAAUAACUCCAAGGAGUCAUCUCAAAAUAAUUCAAAAGAUGAUCCAAAAAAAGAGCCUGUUUCAAACAAUAGCAAUAAAUCUAAGAUUGAAGAAAUUGAAGUAAUGGAUAUAUCAGAUGACAAUGAUAAUGUAAAAGAUACUAAAGUUGAUUCACCAAAAUCAAUUAACAAGAAGAACUCUUCAGGUUCAAAUGAUGGUGAACUAUUACUCAGCUCAGAUGAUGAUGGUAAUAGUAAAGAUAUUGAUGAUUACGGCUCAUCGGAUACAGAUCAUAAAAGAACAGAACAUGAAGAUACUGAUAAUGAUGUAGAAAAAAAGCAAUGCUUAACGCCUUCUAGUAGAUCAAUGCAACCUAUAUUAAAUAUAGAAAAAUUAACUCCCAAACAAAUAGCUAAAAAAAAAGAAAUGGAAAAAAAACGUUCUGCAAGAGAACGACAAAAACUUGAAAAAGAAAAAAAGCUACUGGAAGAAAAAGAAAUGAAAAAAAAGGAAAAAGAGCAACAAAAAAAAGAGCGAGAAGAAAAAGAAAAAGCUUUAAAGGAACAAAAGAAAAAAGAAAAAGAAAUGAAAGAGAUAAAAAAACAGGCAGAACUUGAGUAUGAAAUAUCCAAAGAGGAUGAAAAACGUCGGAAAGAAGAAGAGCGUCGAAAAAAAGAAGAAGCAAAAGAAGAAGAGAGAAAGCGAAAGGAAGAAGAAAAACUGGAAGCAGAACGAAAAAAACAAAAAUUGGCUUCAAAUUUCGUCAGUUUUUUCAAAAAAACUGCAGAAACUAAACCUGUUCAAGAAGAAAAAAAAGUCGAAAAUAAAUAUUUUAUGCCCUUUGAAGUUAAAGCUGAUAUGCGUAUAGCACCAUGUGUUAGACGAAGUCUCGAGGAGAAACAAAAGUUAAAACUCGAUGAGUGCAUUAAAAACGAAUAUAAAGGUAAAUCAAAAUCAUACUUGGAUGACAUAAGUGAAAAGGAUUUCAAACCCAGAAAGUUUGGAAGAACUUGGCCAUCUGAAGCAAACGAUGAUGUUGUUGUCAUAGAGGAAGAUGAAGAAAGCAAGACUGUUGUGCGAGCAACUAAAAUCGAGCGGCAUCGGGCAAAGCUAUUUUUGUUUCAAGAAAACCAACGACCACCUUAUUGGGGUACAUGGAGGAAACAGAGCAAAUUCGUCAAACCACGAAGACCUUUUGCAAAAGAUAGCGAUACGUUCGAUUAUGAGGUCGACUCUGACGACGAGUGGGAAGAAGAGGAACCUGGAGAAUCGCUUCAUGGCUCUGAUGACGAAAAGGAUAAAGAAGAAGACGCUGAAGAUGAUUAUGAAGUCGAUAAUGAAUUCUUCGUUCCUCACGGAUACUUAUCGGACGAAGAAAUAAACGCCGAUGAAGAAGAAGAAGACGAAGAUUUUGAAAAUCCGGAGAAGCAAGAAGCCAAGUUGAAAGUACUUGGAGAACAGUUUGAAGCUGAAAGAAAAGAAAAAGCUGUGAAAAAUUUGAAACCCAAAGUCAUAGGUUGUAUUUGGCUUAACGCUAACGGAGAAUGCCCAGAAAACACUCGUCCUCUUCAUGUGCAAUUCCUAAAGACUCAUCAAGCAUGGACGCGUGAAAGGCCUAUUAUUCUCACUCCACCGGCAGAAUCUGGCAAUUCAAACGAGGCCUGUACCACACCAUCGAAUAAGCACGCAAGUGCCCGCAAAGCUAAAGCUUUUGAGGAAGCCAUGCCAGAUCUCAUCCGAUUGCUCCAUGGCAACAGACAUAGUCGCGUUUUCCUGGUCAAGGAGUUCAUCGAAUUUUGGACCAAAAAGAAGGGGAUGGAAGAGAAACUCAUACCUAAGGCGAGACUGCAUACGAAAAUUUCCGAGAUAGCCACGUGGGGCAAUUGUCAAGAAGCUGGACCUCUCAAGGACAAGCUUUGUUGGUUUGUGUCUGAAGAAAUUAGAAAAAAAUAUUUUCCAGAAGAAAAGUUGUCAUUGCCGAAUCGGUGGCAGUAUUUGUUAACACCAAAAAAAAAGAAUCUCGAUCUUGAAGAAGAAGAAAAUAACGAAGACAAAGAAAAAGAAAAAGAAAAUGAAUCAGAGAAAAAAAGAGAGCCAGAGAAAAAAGGAAUUUGUCUGAUAACAAAAUUUACCAAGACAAUGACGACUGAAGAAAAACAGAAAGAAUUGACUGAAAAACCCGUAACUUCUGAAUUGUUAAUCAAAAAACCCGGUGCUACGGCUAUACCAUCAAUCAAAACAGGAGCUACGAAAGCUCCAAAACGAGCAACGUUAAUAUCUGUACCACUUGGACAACCGUUGCCUCCAAAAGUUCCAAAAAUUAGUUUAUCUAAUGAAGGAGCUCCAAAAAAAGAUCCCCCAAAACAAAAAAGGAAUGAUGCUGAUAAAGAUGAUGGAUGCGUACCCGUAUCGACUAAUGAAAUCGAUACAAAUGCAGAAAGUGAUGAAAAUUCAGUCAGUUUAGGGAGUGCAGACUCAGAAAGUUUAACGAGCGAAGAAAAUUCAGCAAUAAAUGAAGAAGAGCCAGAAGUUAUAAGCAUUGAUGACUAAUUAUUAUUAUUGAAUAAUGAUAAUUGGUCAUACGUAGUAUUAUUUUUUAUAAAAAUUUGCAACUAAACUU